UCGAUAGCAGUUGACUUCAGUCGGUUUUAGACCAUGCAACUAAAUAAGAUUUUGGAUCUAUUCCGAAGACCUUUUGUUUUACUAUAAAAUUAAUAUUAAAUAUGUAGUAUAUAUUAAUUUAUGUAUUUGUUUUCUUGAUUAUUGUUCAAUAAAAUCAAUAUUUAUAACAUCGAUUUUCGAAAGGCUAACUUAGAAAAAAACUAAAAGAAAUAUGGCUUUGAAUAUGCACUUAUAUUACAAACGUUUUUCGAAGUAUUCUAUGAAUUCGAACACGUUAUCGUAUUUCUGUAGAAGCGAUUCUGCAUUAUUAAAAACACUUUUACACAGUAAACCAGCUAUAAUCUUAGGGAUAGAAACCAGUUGUGAUGAUACAGGUUGUGGAAUUGUUGACAGUACAGGGACUGUAUUAGGUGAAGCUAUUAGUUCACAACAUAAUAUUCAUUUAAAUUUUGGAGGAAUUAUUCCUUCAGUUGCACAUUCAUUGCAUAAAAGUAAUAUUACUAAGGUAUGUGAAGCUGCGUUCAGGUCUGCAAAUUUGAAAUUACAAGAUAUUAGUGCAGUAGCUACAACUGUAAAACCAGGUCUGCACACGUCACUCGAUGUUGGAACAAAAUUUGGAAAGUAUUUAGCAAAGAUUGGGAAAAAACCUUUUAUACCCAUACAUCAUAUGGAAGCUCAUGCUUUGACAGUACGAAUGAUGCACAAAGUCUGUCGAAUAAUAUUGGUCGACUUUCCUUAUGUUGUUUUAUUAGUUUCUGGAGGCCACUGUUUACUCGCAAUUGUAGAAGACGUAAGCAAAUUUUACUUACUUGGAACUACUUUGAAUAAUACACCCGGGGAAAUUUUCGACAAGAUUGCUCGAAGACUGAAAUUAAGAAAUAUUCCUGAAUUUAGUACUUUAAACGGAGGUUUAGCAAUAGAAACUGCAGCAUAUAGAGCAUCAAAUGUUAAUCAGUUUACAUUUACACCUGUUAUGCAACAUUAUCGCGAUUGUAAUUUUAGUUUUGCUGGAUUGUUAAAUACAUGUUUAAAGUAUAUCGAAAAACAAGAGAAAGAUCAUAACAUAAUUGCUGAUAUGACAAUGCCCGAUGUUUAUAAUUUGUGCGCAGCGUUUCAGUUAGCUGUUGUAACUCAUAUUUGUCAGAGAACUCAAAGAGCAAUAGAAUUUAUCGAUAAUACGUCGUUAUUUCCUAAAGACAAACGAACUCUGGUUGUAUCAGGGGGUGUUGCAUGCAACAACGUUCUAGUUAAAGCAUUGGAUAUUGUGAGUACAAAAUUGGGUUAUAAUUUUGUACGGACACCACCCGAAUUAUGCACCGACAAUGGAAUAAUGAUUGCAUGGAACGGGAUAGAAAGAUGGGUUGCGGAUACAGGUGUUAUUAGAAAUGAAAAUGAUAUUGAUAAAGUGCAUGUAGUAAAUAAUGCCCAGUUAGGAGAAGAUUGGACAAAAAGGGUAAAGGAAGCUAGGAUAAAGUGUGAUUGGAUAAAAGUAAACGCAGAACUGACUUAAAUGAUAUAAUUGGAAAUUAUGUAGUGUACAUUUUGUCAAUUAAAGAAGAUAAUAUGAUUUUAUAAGAAAA